GAAUCCCUGCCUUCUAGAGACACGAGCCCAGAAGCGGAGAGAAGUUGGGGAGGUCGGGUAAGGGAGGGUUGGUAGAAAUGGCACACUGACUCCAGCCCUGAUCGGCUGACCUCCUGACCAGUGCCUUAGCUGCGUUCGGGCCAAGUGUGGACGCGCCGCGCGCGCGGCUCCGCCAAGGCUGGGAGUUUGCAGACCGUCCCUGCCGCGACCAGCGCGGCGGCGGCCCUGCGGCUCCCGCUGCAGCCGCGGUGGCCCCGGGCAAGAUCGAGCCGUCGUAGCCGAGCCGCAGCCUCCAGGUGCCGCAACUCCUUACCCUGCUGCGCCUCGGGACCCGUGGGAACGGCGACUGGCAGGCUCUUCUGGUUGCUGCUGCCGCCCGACAAGGAGGAGUGACCACUCUUCUAAAGUGGACAUCGAAGGAGGAUCAGUCAGGCCAUAUUCGCAGAACCUGUUGACACAGGAGGGCCUACUGUACUCUUCCACUGGUGUUCCAGCCUCCACCCCAGGGAUUUGCAACAGCAGAAUGAAAGAGAGGAGAGGAAAUUGACUGACGCAGGAGCCGGAAUGAGAUGUACAGAACCACCGUGAACAUGCGUUUCUCUUCUGCGCUUUAAGAGCCAACGGCAGGUGAAGUUGCCGGAGAGCAAUGGCUCUCUUUACUCCAUGGAAGUUGUCCUCUCAGAAGCUGGGCUUUUUCCUUGUGACUUUUGGCUUUAUUUGGGGUAUGAUGCUCCUGCAUUUUACCAUCCAGCAGCGAACUCAGCCUGAGAGCAGCUCCAUGCUGCGUGAGCAGAUCCUGGACCUCAGCAAGAGGUACAUCAAGGCACUGGCAGAAGAAAAUAGGAAUGUGGUAGACGGACCAUAUGCUGGUGUCAUGACAGCUUAUGACCUAAAGAAAACUCUCGCCGUAUUGUUGGAUAAUAUUUUGCAGCGCAUUGGCAAGUUAGAGUCGAAGGUGGACACCCUGGUCAUCAACGGCACAGGAGCCAACUCGACCAACUCCACCACAGCUGUUCCCAGCUUGGUAGCACUUGAGAAAAUUAAUGUGGCAGAUAUCAUUAAUGGAGCUCAAGAAAAAUGUGUAUUGCCUCCUAUGGAUGGCUACCCCCACUGUGAGGGGAAAAUCAAGUGGAUGAAAGAUAUGUGGCGCUCGGAUCCCUGCUACGCAGACUACGGAGUGGAUGGGUCCACCUGCUCUUUUUUUAUUUACCUCAGUGAGGUUGAAAAUUGGUGUCCUCAUUUACCUUGGAGAGCAAAAAAUCCCUAUGAAGAAGCUGAUCAUAAUUCAUUAGCGGAAAUUCGUACGGAUUUUAAUAUUCUCUACAGCAUGAUGAAAAAGCACGAAGAAUUCCGGUGGAUGAGACUGCGGAUCCGGCGCAUGGCCGAUGCGUGGAUCCAGGCCAUCAAGUCCCUGGCGGAAAAGCAGAAUCUUGAAAAGAGAAAGAGGAAGAAAGUCCUUGUUCACCUGGGACUCCUGACGAAGGAAUCUGGAUUUAAGAUUGCAGAGACAGCUUUCAGUGGCGGCCCUCUUGGUGAAUUAGUUCAGUGGAGUGAUUUAAUUACAUCUCUGUACUUACUGGGCCAUGACAUUAGGAUUUCAGCUUCACUGGCUGAGCUCAAGGAAAUAAUGAAGAAGGUUGUUGGAAACCGAUCUGGCUGCCCAACUGUAGGAGACAGAAUCGUUGAGCUCAUUUAUAUCGAUAUCGUAGGACUUGCUCAAUUCAAGAAAACUCUCGGACCAUCCUGGGUUCAUUACCAAUGCAUGCUCCGAGUCCUGGACUCGUUUGGCACCGAGCCAGAGUUUAACCACGCUAGCUAUGCUCAGUCUAAAGGCCACAAGACCCCCUGGGGAAAAUGGAAUCUGAACCCGCAGCAGUUUUACACCAUGUUCCCUCAUACCCCAGACAACAGCUUCCUGGGGUUUGUGGUGGAGCAGCACCUGAACUCCAGCGACAUUCACCACAUUAACGAGAUCAAGAGACAGAACCAGUCCCUGGUGUAUGGCAAAGUGGAUAGCUUCUGGAAGAACAAGAAGCUCUACCUGGAUAUCAUUCACACGUACAUGGAAGUGCACGCCACCGUUUACGGCUCCAGCACAAAGAACAUUCCCAGUUACGUGAAAAACCAUGGCAUCCUCAGUGGGCGGGACCUGCAGUUUCUUCUCCGCGAAACCAAGUUGUUUGUUGGACUUGGGUUCCCUUACGAGGGCCCAGCCCCCCUGGAGGCCAUCGCAAAUGGAUGUGCUUUUCUGAAUCCCAAGUUCAACCCACCCAAAAGCAGCAAAAACACUGACUUUUUCAUUGGCAAACCAACGCUGAGAGAGCUGACAUCUCAGCAUCCGUAUGCUGAAGUUUUCAUUGGCCAGCCACACGUCUGGACUGUUGACCUCGGCAAUCAGGAUGAAGUUGAGGAUGCGGUGAAAGCAAUUCUAAAUCAGAAGAUUGAGCCGUACAUGCCAUAUGAAUUCACAUGUGAGGGGAUGCUGCAGAGAAUCAACGCUUUCAUUGAAAAACAGGACUUCUGCCAUGGGCAAGUGAUGUGGCCACCCCUCAGCGCCUUGCAGGUGAAGCUCGCCGAGCCCGGGCAGUCCUGCAAGCAGGUGUGCCAGGAGAACCAGCUCAUCUGUGAGCCUUCUUUCUUCCAGCACCUGAACAAGGAAAAGGACAUGCUGAAGUACAAAGUGAUCUGCCAAAGCUCAGAGCUGGCCAAGGACAUCUUGGUGCCCUCUUACGACCCCCACAACAAGCACUGUGUGUUUCAAGGUGACCUGCUGCUGUUCAGCUGUGCAGGCGCCCACCCCAGGCACCAGAGGAUCUGCCCCUGCCGGGACUUCAUCAAGGGCCAGGUGGCCCUCUGUGAAGACUGUCUAUAGCGGCCACCGGCUGGGCCCCACACGCACUCUGCUGGGGAAGACAGUGGCUCCCGCCCCGUCCUGGCAGAGCCAGGGGGCAGACGUCAUUUGGGGACUCUCGCCAGAGCCUGGACUUUUCGGUGGAAGGUUUCAAUUUGGUGUUGCCCUGCUGGGGUCGGAGCAUCGCAGUGGAGUUUUCACCAAAACACAAGAGCAGACAGCGGGCCGGGAGCCUGGUUCUGCUUCCUGGCACAACUCUGUCUUAUUUUUUGAGGAGCAACCGUAAAGAGCGAAUCUCAAGAUUCAUUUAAAACGAAAAACCAGAGGAGGAAUCCAGCUGGUCGGAAAGAACUUUGUGUUUGAGAACAUUCCUAAAUCCAUUAACUUAUUUAUUUGGGAGGGCAGGCGGGGGAUCAGGGAAGGGCAAAGAGGUCUUGAUUAUAGGUCUUGUUUCUUUGAUUUUCCACUGUUUACCAUCCACCUUCACUGUACUGUUUUUUUUUUUUUUUGGUCUGCUUCGGGCAGGGUACAGGCGGGAGAGGUGGUGCGCCCUGAGGCUGGGCACACGCCUGAGGGUGGCUGUGGGGGUAGCCCCUUACAGUGGGUGAUGGCAGCACAAAAGACAGUCUUGUGUGUGCUUGAGGGGUGGCAGCCACAGGUCAGGAGGGGGACAGCCCAGCCAGGGCAGGAAGUGCAAGGUUGGGAAACUGACAUUGCGUGUGUGUGGUGAAUUCGAGGUGCAGGACUGAGAGAGCUACUUGAGACUCCGUCGUGAUGUUGCCUGUGAGCUGGGACUGGACAGGAGUGAAGCUGGCCCUGGGGACCUGGUGUCACCCCUGGAGCUGGGCUCCAAACAGGUGGGCUCGUUACAUUCUCUGUAAUGUCUGACAUUGGACCGAAGUCCAGGGAAUGGGAUCUUGGUGAACUUGACAUUGGCUGGGGAAGCAGGGGCAGGCCGAGAUGAAACUCACAGUCCUUGCCACUCACCGGUGGGGGGCGGGGGCGGCUUUCACUCCAGGCACCAAUAUUCCAAGGAAAACAAGCCAGUUGCCAGCCUGGCCUGGCCAGACUCAUUGGACCCCCCUCUCCAGCCCUGGAGCCCCUGCGCUCUGCCUUGUGUGAGUUCCCCACCCCCACUAAGCAGCGUUUCAGUGCUUUGGGUGCUUUCCUGUGGAGCCCUUGGCAUCCCGUGCUGGUGAGAGUAAGCCCUCUCCUCCUCCUCAGAGUCUCCCUGUGGUGAGUUGCUGUGAUACACCCAGCCCUCGGUGGCUCUCGGUGCCUUGGUGGCUCUGGCAGCCCUGGCUUCCCAACACCCUGCAUUCCCAGGGAAGCUGGCCCCGCCUCCAGCAGGCAGGACAGCUGGCCAGGCUAAUCCCUGGGUUUAGCCUUCAAGAAGUGAGACUAAAGGAAGGGCUGUUUCCUGAGGACCAGAGCGAGUGGGGUCUUUAGGUGUGGAAAAUUAGAUGCUGCCAGCUUUGCAGUUCUCCCCUGGUAUGUAAAUACCAAAUGCACAACCAGCCCUUUUUUUUUCCUUAACUUAGAUUCUCGGUCUGAAUCCCACCUCCAAUCCUAGAGAAUGGAGGGGGUGAGGAGGGGCAGCUGGGGUCUCCCCCGCCCCUCAGGUGGCCCCGGAACACGUGUGCCAGGGAGAGUGCUGACCGGCAGGCCUGGGCCCGGCCACAGGGGCACAAGUCCAAAGGAAACCUUGGUAAUAGGGUGUGAGUAAGUGUGGGUGUGUGUGUGCUUUGAAGCUGUGCAAGGGCAGUUUCCUGCAGUAGGAAGAGAAAUAACUGCCUCCCGUGCUGUUAGGAAUUGCUUUUCCCUGUGAAGGGGCCUCUUGGCUGCACUGUAAAUUGUGCGAAUUUGCCUGAGUUCCCCACCCUGCGAUUCCUGGGCCGGUGCCGCCCUCUCCUGGGCUCUUCCAGGAGCUUCCAAUGGUGAGCACGUCAGUGUAGGCAUUAGACCAGCAGGGGGAGCCUGCGUGCCAAAACCAAUUUCCCACACUCCACAAGGCUAACCUAUUUUGCAGAGGGCUGUUUAAAUAAGCACAGGAACUCAGAAAACAAGGAAGGUGGAAAGCUACAUUCUACACAAAGACGCUGUGCCUACCUUGUGUUCCAAAAGCUGCAAAGAUUAUUUGCUGGCUGCCUGAGCUCAGGGCCUCCCCUUUUCUCCUCUCUGUGUCAGGACCCUCGGGUCAGACAGUCCAGUGAGCACUUUCCCCACUUCAGGUCUCUCGUCUCCACCAGCCCAGUACUGGUCGAGGUAAUGCAGAGUUCUGCAGGGGCGCUGCUGCACAUGGGGCAAACCAUCCCACACUUCACAUGGUUGAAGGCAUUAUCAACAGGCCGUGACACUGGAGAAGUGCUGGCUGCCGGCCCCCAGCAGACGUCACCGCCGGUCAGUGGUCCACAGUCAGUGGUCCGCAGCAGGAACCUUGGGAGGGCCCUGCGUCUGCCGUGUGUGCAGAGAGGUGUGACUCCUGCCUGCCCUGGCGGAGGGCGCCUCUCGGGGUGUGGGCCUCGGGUGACUCUUGUUACUCGAGUCCUAAACCAGCAGCCCCACACCAAGAGAGGUCCUGAGCCAGGACCAGUGUCUUCCUGUGCUAGGAGCAUAUCUUGCCUGGGCUGUAAGUUUUUGUACAUUUUUUUUUCCUAAGUGAAAUUUGCCCCACCCCACCCCCUGGGAUCUUGGGUUCUUAAAAAACUUGAGGGAAAACAUUUAACUAAUUUAUUAAAAGAGAAAAAGCUUUCCUUUGACAUGUAAACACUUUCAGGAGUAAAAGCUCCUCAAAGGGGAAACACACUUUUAAUGCCAGUAAACACCUCAUUUUAUUUUUUGUACAUAAUUUGAUUUGCACAUGUACAAACGGAGAGGGGUCUUUUUGCAUUUUUGCUUAGAUUGGGGUUUUGUCUCUGCUUAUACUUUGUUUUUUGUGUGUUUGCUGUAUGUUUGGAAAUAUCGAGAGUCCGUUUCUUUGUUGAUAUUUAUUGUUUCUCUGAUGUGCCUUUUCACUUUUCUUUGGGGUUGGUGUGGGAAUCUGGGUGCUGUCAAAGGAAGACAGAGGGCUCCUGCAGCUUGCAGACAGGGCCUGUCCUUUAUCACUGCGGAAGCUCAGGCUGGGCACCAGAAACGCCCUUCAAGCCCCCUUAGCCACCACGGUGUGCGCGUGCUCCCCCCAUGCAGCCCGAGAACCCCAAGAGAAGUGCAGGCUUUCUCGAGACCAGCCCACACCUUCCCCAGCUGCUCGGUCACGGUCACGUCCUCGGGCCUGGGGGCUGCUGGUUGCCCGUGUGCCGGUGGGCCUGUGCUCCGUGCCCCCAGACAUGUAGGAGGCGCGGCCCGAGAAGACCACCCGCCCUGGCUGGGGGGUGGCACUAACGGGGAGCAUUACCCAAUGAACUCAUGAGUAGCACCGGCCCCUUAGGCACUGAAUCUGGUUGACAUCAUGGAGGGGAAGGGAGAUGCACACCUCCGUUGUGUCCUUAGUGAGCACGGGGUUUAAUCAAAGUGACUGCUGGGCUCCACUUGAGAGCAGAGGCCUGGUGCUUCUCACUGGCCACGGAGGCGUCCGAGACGGGCUGACGGAAACUGUGCUGUUCACAGGUGGGUUCGUGCUUUCCAGACCAGACUGAGGCAGGCCACCCCGCUUCUCCAAGGCGAUCUACCGGGAUCAUGUAUGGGAUCGGGGUAUUACCACCCUCUUCCAUGGCCCCCAAAUUCAUGAUUUUAAAAAGUCCAUUUUGUUAAACCACAGGCUCUGUUGUAUGUGCUAUCAUCCCAAGCCUGGAUUUAUUUUUAAAAAAAUACUUGCUUUCACAUUGGCUUCAUUCUAAUUCCAUCUGUCCCUAUAGGGCUACAGCGCACCUUCAUGUGAAGAGAGGGAUGGACAUAGAUUCAGGCUUCUUUUUGAAGGUGGGGAUUUCCUAAAGCGGAGGACGAGUUCCUUUUGUUCUUUCUGGCUUCAACAAAAAGUGGAAAACCAAGUUUUUAUCGCAGAAGGCCAAAUUAGCUGUGUAGUCUCAGAUGCAGGAAAAAAAUUAACCUAGCUUUCUUAGCACUUAGGGGUUUUGUGAGGAUUCAGUGUUUAGCAGUGUCUGGCACAUAGUAAGCUCUAGUAAAUGUUAAAUAUUGUUGUUAUUAGCAUUUCACAAAAGUUGAGAAAUAAAGAGCUGAGCUCACUCCCUAUCAGCUGGUUCAUGUAAUACCUACGUGAGACUGUCCUGGGGUUGAUGAAAUGUUAUAGAGGAUUCGUGGACUUAGCAUCUCCGAGGCCCGGGCCCACCCUGCUGCUGAGGACGUCACCGUGACCCUGAAUGCACUGACUGAACUGAAAGUGUGCCUGACUUCAGCACCAGAUGAAACCAGGCUGCAGGGACUUGUGUACAGGAGAUGACAAGGGUGACCUCUGGUCCCAUGCAGGACCUUACCCCACUGAUACCUCCUGGACCACUCCAGAGUUUUUCUUUAUGCAACCUUUUGAGCUAGAAAUUAAAGUGAAUGUUUUCAUUGACUGUACCCCUUAAAAGUUAACUAUAUUCCUCAGAAGUGUCGUAAGAGAGGCUUUCCUGUUCUGAGGGGGAAAGGAACAACCAAUUAAACUUACUCAUUCCCCAGGAAGUCCCUCUGCUGUCCCCUGCUGGUCAGGGUGGCUCCUCCACAGUCUAGUGCACAGGGAUCGACUCCUGGGCGGGUUAGUGGUGACAGGUUUGCAUGGGCUAAGAGAAGAUGCCCUUCUCCCCCAGGGCUGCUGCAGCUGGCCUGAGGGACCCCAAAACUAUCCCACCUUCCUGGUGAAGCCAUGGGUGGAGGGGGGGAGAGUAUCUUCAGAACUGUUCCCAGAGGCUGCUCAUGGUUCAGUGAGUUUUUUUUUCCCAAAUGUCAGUUCACUUUGGUUGGGGUGUAAGCCUCUUGCUCCCUGAUUUAGAGCUGUAUGUCCCCUCCUGUCUCCGUGCUCUUCUAGAUAGAUUGCAGUUGUGGAAUAUGGAGGAAUUUGCUGGAGUCCUGUCUUGAAGUUCCUUUGUUUUCAGCAGAAUCAGCAGUCUUAGACUUUGGUGGGUAUAGGACUAGAAUUUACCUCCUUCAAAGCAUCAUUUCCUCUGUCCCCGAUUUUGUGGAACCUGAGACUGGUCCCCCGGCCCCCUACAGUUGGCGAGGCACAAAAGGCCAGCCCGUGCUCACAGGGCAGUCAGUGUGUCUGGAUGGUGGGGGUUAGGGGCCCCGGAGAGCGAGCACUGGCCGUGCUGGAGGUCUGAAAGCCUGGCCGGGACAGCAGGGUGGGGACUUGGCGCAGCGUGCCACCUCUGCCAAAGGGGACAUGGAGCAAACUUGGGAGACAUUUUGUUCGCUGUCCUGCCCAGGCGUUAACAGGACAAUAUCAGAACAAUCGAUGCCAAAGGAGAUGGUGGUGUCUUUUCUACUGUAGCUGCUGUCACUACCUUGAUGUCUUUGAGCUAAUGACCGUUCGCAUCUGUGUCUUCGCGCAGCUCCGGGUCCGCGCUGGGGUUGAGCAGCGCAGGGCCCUGCGGGUGCGCCGUGCCGCCCGGACGGCCUGUGCACAGACAACACUGCUGGGUUUCCCUCUGUUGUAGACAAAACUAGGGAGAACUUUAUUUUUCAAUAAACUUUUCUUGUGUGA